CGCUCCUUCUCGACAUUAUUUCCAGCCUCGUCAACAUCUGAACAUUGACGACUCUGGCCUUGCAAUACACUUCUACGGUAUCAGUACCAGACCGCCGUCGUUCAUAGAAACACAAACCUGGUGGUGGUUGUUUUGUCUCCGAUACCCUGGUCCCGCAUCUUUUUUCACUCUUCCGGUUUCGGUGGUACCUGAAUACAGGUACUACGACCACCGGCAGCAGUUUUCUGCAACCAUGGCCUCAUCAUCGUCAUCACCAUCAUCACCACCGACAAGCCCACAAGGCUUCACUCCUCAAAUCGCCAGCCCUGUUCCUCCUCCACCGGCUCAGGAUCCUGUCACACCUGCACAAUGGGCGAUCCUCGCGGCUAUCGCCGACACAUUCGCUCCAUCCAUCACCAAAGCCGCCGGAAACCCGCUUCUGCAACGGAGGGUUUCGGCAGAGGUGUAUGAUACUGUCUCUCGACGAAUAGAAGAGUUGGCUCAGGAGGACGGUCGAGAUGGCUUGGUCGCCGAGUUCCUCGAUGAGCGCGCGUCUGCCGCCCCAGAGUUCAAGGAGUACAUGAUGCGUGUGCUCGGUGUCUACUUGGACAGUGCCACCAAAGCCCAGUUCUUGACCCUCCUAUCGGUUUUAUCUACUCGCGCCGGCUCACUGCUCCUCACCGGCCACGCCACGACACUGGAUAGCCUUCCCGUCGAAACUCGCCAAAAUAUCCUCUUAGGAUGGAAAACAUCGCGCAUCCCGUUGCUCCGCCAGGGAUUCCGCACCAUCUCUAACUUCACCCGAGCCUACUGGAUCCGUUCCUCGCCCACCGUUGGCCGUCUGCUGUCAUAUCCUUACACGCCGGUGCAUGGCACCCCACCAAACAACGCAUUCAAAUUUCAAUUCUUUGAUAUCCCUCCAACCACCGCCUCAGAACCGCACGUAAUCGAGACCGAUGUGGUCAUUGUGGGCAGUGGAUGUGGUGGCGCGGUCGCGGCACAAGUCAUCGCCGAGGCUGGCUUCAAGGUGUUGGUGGUAGAGAAGGCAUAUCAUUGGGAGCCACAGCAUUUGCCCAUGUCAGAAAACGAGGGCUCUGUGCAUCUCUUCUCGAACGGUGGACAAAUGCAAUCCGACGAAGGCAGCAUCACCGUGAUCAAUGGUGCAGCCUGGGGAGGCGGUGGAACUGUCAACUGGAGUGCAUCUCUGCUCCCACAAGGUUUCGUCCGCAAAGAGUGGUCCGAAAAGUUCGGCAUGCCUCGCUUCAACACCGCGGAAUUCCAGUCUGAUUUGGACGCUGUUUGCGCCCGCAUGGGUGUCAGCGGGGACCACAUCCCACACAACAAGUCCAACCGUGUCAUUCUGGAGGGUUCCCGCAAGCUGGGCUAUGCCCACAAGGUCGUUCCUCAGAACACUGGUGGCGAGGCACACAACUGCGGUUACUGCACUCUCGGUUGCGGCAGUUGUGGCAAGAAGGGUCCCACGGAAACAUUCUUGCCUGACGCGGCACGCGCAGGCGCGGUCUUCCUAGAGGGCUUCGAAUGUCGCGAGGUGCUAUGGUCUGAUGUCAAGAGCAACAACAACGACAAGACUGCUGUGGGAGUGAAGGGUAUCUGGACCUCUCGCGACAGCUCAGGUGGCGUAGCGGGAACCGUCUACAAACGCGAGGUCAUUAUCAAGGCCGCUCGCACGAUCCUCGCCGCGGGCCCCAUGGAAGACCCUAUCAUCCUAAAAUCCUCAGGUCUCACCAACCCGCACAUCGGUCGUCACCUGCACCUUCACCCGGUCUCGGUCCUUUUCGCAGUCUGGGACGAGGAUGUCCGCCCUUGGGAAGGCCCGAUCCUCACAACUGUGUGCAAUGAGGUGGAAAACCUUGACCAACAAGGAUAUGGAGUCAAGCUCGAGUCCGUCACCAUGUUACCCGGCUUUGUCCUGCCCUUCCUCCCGUGGACCGACGGAGUCGCCUACAAGGAGCUCGUUGCGAAGAUGCGCCGCAUGACCGGCUACAUCUCCAUUGCACGAGACCGCUACGGUGGUCGCGUCUACCCUGACUCUCAAGAUCCCACUCGCUCUGUGAUCCACUACACGCCGCACGAGCACGACAAGCGCCACAUCCUCGAGGGUCUUGUCCACAUGGCGCGCAUCGCCUACGUCGAGGGCGCUCGCGAGCUCGUCCCCACCGUGCCAGGCAUUGCACCAUUCGUCAAGGACGGCACAUCCACCACCCCACCGUCCGUCAACGACCCAGCCUUCGUCGCGUGGACCGACGCUCUCCGAAAGAACGGCCUUCCUUCGCCAGAUACCGGGUACAUCUCGGCCCACCAGAUGGGUACAUGCCGAAUGGGCGCUUCGCCCAAGACCUCCGUCUGCGACGACUACGGUCGCGUGUGGGGCACAAGGAACCUCUCCGUCGUCGACACCGCUACGUUCCCAUCGGCUUCGGGCGUGAACCCUAUGAUUACCUGCAUGGGUAUCGCGCGAGGCAAUGCCCGCGCCAUUGUGCUCGCGCUCGGUGCGGAGCGUGGCAUUGUCCCCACCUCCAUCCCGCAAGACGUCAGCGCCAUGGCGCAGCGUGCGAAGUUGUAGAGGAAUGGACGAGAGAAGAACAUCGAAGAAUAGAUCGCUUCAUGAUGGAGUUGUAUAAUGAUGUUGCGUGAGCGCGAAAUAGAUGGGUGUGCAUACCCGCAUCAUUUGGAGAAGGGGAUAGAGUCGGGACUUGCUUUCUGAUGACGAUAUUUUUUUCUUUGUGUACAGCAUCGCUUUUGCGUUCGUGAUAGAUUUGAGAAGGAUAGAUGAGGCAUUCCCGCUCUGACGCUGGUGGCUUCGGCCCAGUUGGGAAGCUAGAUACCGGAGAUAGACGGUGAUAUUUCGAACAAUGAAAUCACAACUCUGCAUG